AAAAGAUUCUUUUUCUCUUACUUUUCUUUUACUUUUUUGCCUCACUUUUUUUUUCUAUUUUUUUCUUUUUUUUUAUAUAUCUCAAUGGCAAAUGUGAAUGAAACGACACCUUUCCUCCAACCAUCUCAAGGUGGCAAUCAUUGGAAUAAAAUGAAACAAAGAUCAAUGUUUCUUCGAGUAAUAUUAGCAUUGGGAGUUUUAUUGGCACUUGUAUGUGGUAUUUGGAUGCUUCAAUCAUAUCAACAACAACAACCUAGUGAUGAUACUUGGCAACAUGAUUUGGACAAGUUGACACAAGCAGGACAAGCAUGUCGCGAUGGGAUCAGUCGGAUACCAGGCUCACAGUAUAUUGAAAGACAACAACGAUUGGCCAAAGCCUUGGAUGAUGAUUCUGCAUUUGUUCUGGAGCCAUCUCCUAGUAUGAUCUAUUAUACCAACAUGACAUGGUCUCGUACAGAACGACCAUUUUUAGUAGUGUUUACGCGCAAUCAGCAAUCCAUCACUGGUCUGGAUAUGACCAUCAUCACACCUCUAUUUGAAGAAACUCGGGCCAAGGAACAAGUCAGUCAAGCGAAUCUGCCUAUCCCUAUCCAUAUGGUUGCUUGGGUAGAACAUGGCUCUCCUUUUGAAACAGCAAAACAAGUGUUGGGUCAUGUGAAAACAGUACAAGUGGAACCGAGUACACGUUUCUUUAUUGUGGAUGGAUUACAACGUGUGAUGAACAAUGUCAUUAUGGCUUCGACAACAGUACAACAAUUACGAAUGGUCAAAUCUCCCGAAGAAUUGGCGAUCAUGCGAUGUGCAAAUCAAUUGACAGAAUUAGCUAUCCGAACGGUGAAACGACAUGUACAAGUAGGAAUGACAGAGAAUACGAUUGCGGACAAGAUGACACAGGCCUUGGAGCAUAUUGGUUUGAUUCAUACCUGGGUGGUAGCCUUGGUGGACGACAAUGCAGCUUUUCCUCAUGGUCAACCUGGCAAGACCAAUCAAGUGCAGUCAAACAGUUUGGUAUUGAUCGAUACUGGUGGUGAAUUAUAUGGUUAUCAGUCAGAUACCACUCGGACAUUCUUUUUACAGGAUUAUAACAACAAAACAGUGGAAGAGGCAUGGUAUACCGUCCAACGUGCGCAAGACACAGUACUCAAGACAAUGAAACAAGGUCACUCAUGUGCACAAGUGGAUUUGGCCGCCCGUGGCGUGAUUGAACAAGCUGGAUGGGGUGAUUUCUUUACUCAUCGAUUGGGUCAUGGUAUUGGCUUGGAAAUGCAUGAAGAUCCCUAUAUGAAUCAAGGCAAUACUGAAUGUACAUUACAACCUGGUUUUACCUUCUCUGUCGAACCUGGCGUUUAUGUUCCUUUACAAUUCGGUAUUCGUUUGGAAGAUAUCGUUGUUGUCAAUCAACAGGGUGAUUUGGAAUUAUUGACAAAUGGAUUGGCUUCUUCUCCUUGGACAUUGUAGUAGUUUAUUAUUCAAUAAAUAGUUCAUUGAAUUCAAUUUUUUUUUUUUGAUGGAUGAAUGGAGAUUUGUAUGAUGAGAAAGGAUGAUGGUUUUUGUUGAUGACAUGAGGAGAUGAUUUUGAUGUGGACCAUAUCAUGCAGUAAGGAGAGCAUAUGUGUGUUAGUGUCAUAGGAUUUGAAAGGGAAAGAUAUUUUAUCCAUAAAAAAAAAAAGAUUGAUUGAUACUCCAUAUCACUUUUUUUUGUUCCUGAUUAAAGGAGAGAUGAUAUUCCCUAUUUCAUGUUACUUGGUUGCGGCAGUUAAAUUUGCAUGAACAAAACUAUAAAAAAGAGUCAUCUGAAAGCAUCACACACACAUACAACGGAAUAUGAGACAUUUUUGAUGGUAGUCAAAGGUAUUGAAAAUUAAAAAAAAAAAAAUGAAA